AUGAGGCCAAGAAUGUCCAACGCGUCCGAUUAUAAGGGCAGCAGUUCACCGCAGAGUGACUCCAAGGACGAGGGCAGCAUCUCCCCACAGAGUGACUCCAAGGACGAGGACAGCAACUCCCCACAGAGUGACUCCAAGGACGAGGACAGCAUCUCCCCACAGAGUGACUCCAAGGACGAGGACAGCAACUCCCCACAGAGUGACUCCAAGGACGAGGACAGCAUCUCCCCACAGAGUGACUCCAAGGACGAGGACAGCAACUCCCCACAGAGUGACUCCAAGGACGAGGACAGCAACUCCCCACAGAGUGACUCCAAGGACGAGGACAGCAACUCCCCACAGAGUGACUCCAAGGACGAGCACAGCAACUCCCCACAGAGUGACUCCAAGGACGAGGACAGCAUCUCCCCACAGAGUGACUCCAAGGACGAGCACAGCAUCUCCCCACAGAGUGACUCCAAGGACGAGGGGAGCAGGGCUCCACAGGAGUCUUCCCUUCCGAAGAACUCCCCUAAGGAGGAGCGGACCGCCCAGGCGCCGCCCGCCAAGCGCCCCGCCCAGGCGCCGCCCGCCAAGCGCCCCGUCCAGGCGCCGCCCGCCAAGCGCCCCGCCCAGGCGCCGCCCGCCAAGCGCCCCGCCCAGGCGCCGCCCGCCAAGCGCCCCGCCCAACACGAGGGCGAGACGAGCGCCAAGAAGGCCAAGACGACCGAGGACCAAGCCGCCCAAGCGCUGGCAAGUAAGCACGCCCGCGAGAGCGCAAGAGAGAAAAGGAGGCCUCGUCUCCCGGUUCCUCAGACGACAGACACCUUCGAAGACUGCUUCAAGAGGGUGUACCCCCGCUGUAAGCCGUUGGCGCCGAAAAGGAAGAACCCGGAGGAUUCUGUCCUUCCCAAGAACUCCCCUAAGGAGGAGCGUACCGCCCAGGCGUCCGAGGACGAGGGCAGCAGGGCUCCACAGGAGUCUUCCCUUCCAAAGACCUCUCCUAAGGAAAAGCGGACCGCAUAG